GACACGGAGAGAAAGAGAGACACGGAGAGAAAGAGAGACAGACACACAUAGAGACACGGAGAGACAGAGAGACACGGAGAGACAGAGAGACAGAGAGAGACAGAGAGACACGGAGAGACAUGGAGAGACAGAGAGACAGAGAGGCACGGAGAGACAGAGAGACACGGAGAGACAUGGAGAGACAGAGAGACAGAGAGGCACGGAGAGACAGAGAGACACGGAGAGACAGAGAGACACGGAGAGACAGAGAGACACGGAGAGACAGAGAGACAUGGAGAGACAGAGAGACACGGAGAGACAGAGAGACACGGAGAGACAUGGAGAGACACGGAGAGACAUGGAGAGACAGAGAGACACGGAGAGACAGAGAGACCCGGAGAGACACGGAGAGACAGAGAGACACGGAGAGACAGAGAGACACGGAGAGACAGAGAGACACGGAGAGACAGAGAGACACAGAGAGAAAGAGAGACAGACACACAGAGAGACACGGAGAGACAGAGAGACACGGAGAGAAAGAGAGACAGACACACAUAGAGAGACAAAGACACCCAGCGAUAGAGACACACAGAGAGACAGACACGGCGAGACACGGCGCGACAGAGAGACAGACACACAGCGAGAGACAGAGACACGCAGCGACAGAGACACACAGAGAGACAGAGACACAUAGCGAUAGAGAUACACAGAGAGACAGAGAGAGAGAGACAGACACAGAGAGACAGACACACACAGACAGACAGACACACAGAGAGAGACAGAGACACGCAGCGACAGAGACACACAGAGAGACAGAGACGCACAGCGAUAGAGAUACACAGAGAGACAGACACAGAGAGACAGAGAGAGAGAGAGAGAGCCAGACACAGAGAGACAGAGAGAGAGAGAGAGAAAGAGAGAGACAGACACAGAGAGACAGAGAGCGAGAGAGAGAGAGACAGACACACACAGACAGACAGGCACACACAGGGAGACAGAGAAACACAGAGACACACAGACUAACAGACAGACACAUACCUGGUGGAUAGAAAGUGAUGACAUCAGGAUGCCAGCUUACUCCUCUCUCCUCUAACCCUCUCUCUCCUCUCUCUUUCAACCCUCUCUCUCUCUCAUCCUCAUCUCAACCUCCUCUCUCUCAUCCUCCUCUCUCCCUCAUCCUCCUCUCUCUCUCAUCCUCCUCUUGCUCCUCUCUCGCUCUCUCUCUCUCUCUCUCCUCUUUCUUUGAAACUCCCCUCUCUCUCUCUCUCCUCUCUCUUUCAACCUCCUGUCUCCUCUUUCUCUCUCUCAACCUCCUCUCUCUCCUCUUUAUUAACAGUAAACAUUACACAUACAGAAGUCUCUCCUCCUCACCUCUCUCUCAUCAUCUUCUUCUUCUCUCUCUCUCUCUCUCCUCUCUCUUUAAACCUCCUCUGUCUCCUCUUUCUCUCUCCCAAACUACUCUCUCUCUACUCUCUCUUUCUCUCUCUCUCUCAUCCUCCUCGCUCUCUCCUCUCUCUUUCAACUUCCUCUCUCUCCAUCUCUCUCCUCUCUCUCUCAUCCUUAUGUCUCUCUCCUCUCUCUUUCAACCUCCUCUCUCUCCUCUUUCUCUAUCUCUCUCCUCUCUCUCUCAUCCUUAUGUCUCUCUCAUCUCUCUUUCAACCUCCUCACUCUCAUCUUUCUCUCUCUCAACCUCCUCUAUCGAUCUAUCUCUCUCUCAUUCAACCUCCUCUCUCUUCUCUCUCUCUCUCAUCCUCCUCUCUCUCCUCUCUCAUCCUCCUCUCCCUCUCCCUCUCCCCUCUCUCUCAUCCUCCUCUCUCUCUCUCCUCUCUCUCAUCCUCCUCUCUCUCUCCUCCUCUCUCUCUUCUCUCUCUCUCUCAUCCUCCUCUCUCCUCACACAUGAGGACAAUGAUGACUGUUCACAGAUCGAGGCCCUUUCUAAAGAAUGUGCAAUUAAUAUUUUUUAUCUGUUUGGUGUUUUGUCUAAAUACAGUGCAUGUGGCAAAGUUGAUAUACGUGGAAGUAAAUGUGUUAAUAUUUGACAGUAAACAUUUGAUUAUUUGGGUCCUUCCCACAUUCACCCCAUGUUCCUUUCUGUUAUGUCUCAUUUGAUUUGGGGUGCGUCCCAAAUGGAACCCUAUUCUGUUCAUAGUGCACUAUGUAGGGAAUAGGGCCCCAUAGGACUCUGGUCUAAAGUAGUGCACUAUGUAGGGAAUAGGGCCCCAUAGGACUCUGGUCUAAAGUAGUGCACUAUAUAGGGAAUAGGGCCCCAUAGGACUCUGGUCUAAAGUAGUGCACUAUAUAGGGAAUAGGGUUCCAUAGGACUCUGGUCUAAAGUAGUGCACUAUGUAGGGAAUAGGGCCCCAUAGGACUCUGGUCUAAAGUAGUGCACUAUAUAGGGAAUAGGGCCCCAUAGGACUCUGGUCUAAAGUAGUGCACUAUAUAGGGAAUAGGGCCCCAUAGGACUCUGGUCUAAAGUAGUGCACUAUAUAUAUAGGGAAUAGGGUGCCGAUUGGGACUAGACAUAGUGUGUGCCACGGAAUGUAACAUUCAUUAUAUACUGUAUAAUGUAACACAAGACAAGGAUGUAGAGAUCUGAGGACCGAUGGGGUUUGUUCACGAAGUAAAUGACGUGGUUUAUACUGGCCCCAUAGUUCUGGGGGAGAUUCACAUUAAAUGUAAAGUUCAAACAAAGUACUGUACAUAUUUUCAUAAUAAACAUUUGUAACUCUGAAAGGCAUACAGUACUUUACAAAUAAAACAUUUGGAAAUCUCGUUUA